AUGUCGAUAUCACUUCCCUCUCCAUCGUCGCCCAUUUCCAAUAUUCCCUCCGCCUCAAAACACCCCGAUCCCAACCGCGGCAUCCCGCAAACGGAACCGGAACCAGCAGACAAACACGAGCCACGAGCUUCCCUUCUCACUCUGCCAACAGAAAUCCACUUGCAAAUCGCAAGGCUUCUCAUGUACCCGGAUGCCCUCUCGUUGAAAUACACGAACCGGUAUUUCCACAGCUUCGUCGACACGGGCAUCAACCUCAAGGUAGAAUGGCUGGUGGAGCGCCGGCGCCUGCAUCUCGAGUGUCCGAGUCAUACGCACUGCGAGCUGGGCACGGAUCUACGCUUUUGCAGAGGCAGCGUUGCGCUCCUGAUGAAACGCCGGAGAGAGCAUAUUGAGUGCGAAUCGCGGCCCGGGCUGGGCUGCGUCAUCUACGGCACUGCGACUUGUCCGAAUCGUCCGCGAGGCGUGAGGGCGUGGCAGAGGUGGCUGGGCACGAAGCUGACGAUUGAGCUGCGUUGGGUGCUUUUGGCCGUGCUGGUGCUUUUGUGUAGCUGGGUCUACACGUUCCUGUCGGGAUAG